GCGCAGGGCAGAGGUUCGCCCUCUUCCCGGCAAGGCUGGGCUUGGGCUGCGCCUGCCUUCCCGCCUUGGCUGGCUCCGGAGAGAGAGCCUGCCUGCCUCUGGACCUUGCGGGCCAGCUCUGCCCCUGCCUGCCCCAUCGGAGCCCCCUCCCUGGGCCUGGGCCAGGGACUGAGUCCGGGGGCUUGGGGCUGCCUCUGCUCCUUGGCUUCUUCUUCUCCUGCUGCUGUUGGCUUCCAUAAUCUACCAUGAAGAUGACGCAUCUUCUCUGUGACCGCUUUUGGGCCUGGGUUCUCCUUAUAAGCACACUAACUGGAAGAAGCAAUGGACAAACUUCCUUACAAGAUGAAAUUAAGGACAACACAACGAUAUUCACCCGAAUUCUAGAUCGUUUACUUGAUGGCUACGAUAAUCGCCUCAGACCAGGUUUGGGAGAGCGUGUAACUGCAGUGAAAACUGAUAUCUUUGUGACCAGCUUUGGACCGGUUUCAGACCAUGAUAUGGAAUACACAAUAGAUGUAUUUUUCCGGCAAAGCUGGAGGGAUGAAAGACUGAAGUUCAAAGGACCCAUGCAAGUCCUCCGGCUUAAUAAUUUAAUGGCCAGCAAAAUAUGGACACCUGAUACAUUUUUCCACAAUGGAAAGAAAUCAGUAGCACACAACAUGACUAUGCCUAACAAACUCCUGAGGAUUACAGAAGAUGGAACUCUACUCUAUACAAUGAGGCUCACAGUGAGAGCAGAAUGUCCAAUGCAUUUAGAGGAUUUUCCCAUGGAUGCACAUGCUUGCCCACUGAAAUUUGGAAGCUAUGCUUACACAAAAUCAGAAGUAGUGUACGAGUGGACAAAGGAACCUGCACUGUCUGUUGUAGUAGCUGAAGAUGGGUCUCGGCUGAACCAAUAUGAUCUCAUGGGACAAACUGUAGAUUCUGGAAUAGUGCAGUCCAGUACAGGAGAAUACGUAGUGAUGACAACCCAUUUCCAUCUGAAGAGAAAGAUUGGUUAUUUUGUCAUUCAAACAUAUCUGCCUUGCAUUAUGACAGUGAUUCUGUCCCAGGUCUCUUUUUGGCUCAACAGAGAAUCUGUUCCAGCUAGAACUGUAUUUGGAGUAACAACUGUGUUGACAAUGACCACCCUGAGCAUCAGUGCACGGAAUUCCCUUCCAAAGGUCGCCUACGCCACUGCUAUGGACUGGUUCAUAGCUGUGUGUUAUGCAUUUGUUUUUUCGGCACUGAUUGAAUUUGCAACAGUGAACUACUUUACAAAGAGAGGUUACGCAUGGGAUGGCAAAAGUGUUGUUCCAGAAAAGCCAAAGAAAGUCAAGGAUCCUCUCAUUAUGAAAAACAACUCCUUCACAGCACCAGCAACAGCAACCAGCUUUACUCCUAAUAUUGCAAGGGACCCUGGACUAGCUACUAUUGCUAAAAGUGCAACGAUAGAGCCGAAAGAAGCUAAGCCUGAAACAAAGCCUCCAGAACCCAAGAAAACAUUUAACAGUGUCAGCAAAAUUGAUCGACUAUCAAGAAUAGCAUUUCCAUUGCUUUUUGGGAUUUUUAAUUUAGUGUAUUGGGCUACGUAUUUAAAUAGAGAGCCCCAGCUUAAAGACCAAAACCCUCCUCACUAACCCCAUUAACCAUAGAGCUUGUUCUGUCUCUUUUGCACUGGGAAUUGCUUUUUGGUUCUAAACACACAGCAGUUCCCAUCUGCUUCAUUGCCUCUGUCUUAAAGAAAAUGAGAUCUUAUUUUAUAAAGUAAAAGUAUAUUAUAUAUAUACAUAUAUAUAAUAGAAAAAAAAGAUAUUAACUCUGUACUCUAGGGCUGUAACAAUGUGAUGUAGACACCCUAUUCUGAACCGUGUCUCUGAAUGAGAGAGGGAAAUGUAGAAACCCAAACCACUUGUAGAUAGCCUAUUGCUGAAUGUUCCCAUAAGAGAAGCUGUACAUGUCAGAACAGAAAUAUUUUUAUGCAAAAUGAGAGAAGGUAAAACAGUCUUUAUAUAUGUUCAUGUUGCACAUACAGUAUUGUAUUUUCCAUUUUUGGAGUGCUGCUUAUUUUCAGUUCUUUUAUAGAAUAUACACCUUUCCAAAGUGGUGGAUUCCAGAAAAUACGAUAUUUUUCCUAGAUUUUCCUUUGUCUAAAUGCCCGACCACCAGUUUUAAAGUAUAUAAUGUAACUUACAUAAAGGAAAGCCUACUUACUAAUUGUAGAGGCUAUCACAGAAUAGCACAUUUGAUUAAUGAAAAUGAAUGCUUUAAUAUGCUCUCUCACUGCAGUCUUAUUUUACGCAUUGGAAUGUCACUUGACUUUAUAAUACCAAACCCUGUAGCACAUUAAGUGCAGAGUUCUAAUUCCUUUUAACUUGUUAGAUAAAACAAUAUUUGGAUAAUUUACUGGGGUUAUUUUGGUUAGGGUUUUUUGGUUUUUGUUUUAGGAAGAAGAAAAGAAACAAGAACAUUGUUUUGCAAGCUCUAGCUACGUCGAAUGUAUUAUUUUACAAAACAGUUGAUUAAAAAACUUUAGUCUGAAAAAACAUAUGGCUAGAAGAAAGACAAAAUCUAUUAUUUCGAUAAUAUAUGUAAAUAUACAGCAUGAGAUUGUACAUUUUUUACUUUUUUAUGUUCUUAAUAUAUUGUGUAGGGUUCACCUCUCUAAGCUCUUUAUAUGUUAUAUUUAAACAAACAUAUUUAGAGCCUGCAGUACAAAAAAAAAAAGUCAGUGGCAUUUGAAAGGGGAAAAAAGACAAAAGAAGAGAGCUUGGAAUAUAUUCCAUUUGUAAAGUGGCUAUCUGUACAGUAGCUUGCAGUUUGAAACUGUCAUCCAGUGUAUACUAUUAGGCUAAUGACUGGUAUGCUCAGGUAAUGCGUGAAUACUAAAAUAUGGAAUUAUAUUUGGUAGGAAAAUGGUAAAAUAUUUAAGACAAAUGUCAUCUGUAUAUUAUUGCUAUAUUUGCUGAUACAUAACUGUUAAUGAUAAGUGAUGUAAUAUAUGUAGCAUUAAAUACAGAAAAAAAAACAUACACAGAAGAAUGUACAGGAAAAUACAUUUUAUUGAGUGAACUUAUUACAUUUCAUUUUUACUGUAGCAAUAUAUUUGUAGGAACAAUAUGUAAGGGCUUUAAAAACAAGAUGUCCAUUUUGCGAGUUAUUAGUAUUCCCUUCAAAAUAAUUCUAGCCAGACUCAUUUCUGCCAAGAACUUAUUUUAAGGAAAAAAAAUAAUUAAUUAAAUUUUAGAGAUGGUUAUAUAUUAAAAAGUUUGAGACACUGAUGGUUUUUGGAAGCAUUAACACAGUGGUUCAGAAUCAUAACACAUGGUAGUGAAUGCAUAUAUAUAUAUAUAUACAUAUAUAUAAAGAAAAUAAAUGCUACAUGGACCUUCAAUUGAAUUAGCUAAUAAGAUAGUCAGUUUGAUAUCUAUACAUGUUACAGGCAAUGUUUUAUAUACUCUUUCUCAAUAAAUCAAGAGAUUGCUGCUCACCUAGUAUCUACAAAAAUGAAAUAGUUAAACCUUUUCUUUAGAAAAUUUCUUCUUUUUUUUAAACCAAUGCUUCAUUGUCUACCAUUUAGUCCUGUCUAAACUUGAUGAGCUAAUCUGACUGGAGCUUACUAAAAGAGGAUGUGUUAUCUUCUGGUAUUAUGUGUAGAUAUAUGUAUAGAAAAAAAUAAAAUAAAAUAAACUACAACUCUUUAACUUC